AGAUAGCAUGAAUUCAGAUUCACAAAUUUGUAUUAUAGUGAGACUCAUAAAAGAGAAACAUCUGCCUCUGAUAGUAAACAAAACAGACACUGUAACUAAAUUGAAGCAGUUAAUCUCUGAGAUAAAGUCAUUUCCUGAUACAACUCGCCUAUUACUGAAUUGUGGAGGAAAACACUUAAUCAAAGAAAACAACACUUUAGAGGAAUACGGAGUACAAGAGAACUCAACCAUCUUUUGUGUUCACAGGUUAUGUAAUUCUCCUCGCAAACUGAAUAUUUAAACCUAAAUCAAUAAAUCCAAAAAUAUCUAUUCAAGUUUUAACAAUAACUGGAGAAAAAAUCAUUAUUCUGAUACACAAAACUGAUACUGUCAUGAAGCUCCGAGAAAGAAUUUUCACAAAGAAAUCAUUGAUCGAACCUCAAUUUCCAGUUCUAAUAUUCCAGUCACAAUUUCUCACAGAGGAUACCAAGAAAUUAUCAGACCUCGGCUUCAAAAACAACUCAUCAGUAUUCUGAAUCAUCAAAUCAAGCAAACUACUUGAGUGUCUAAUAUGUCUCUGAGAGUCAGAACCUGAUGCAGACUGUAUUACAUGUCCAAGAGGACACUACAUUUGCAGUGGAUGUACACCAUCAUCUCUAGAGAAUAUAUUUGCUUCACCAGAGGCAGAAAUUCCUGUGAGAUGUCCUGAUUGAAAAGAGUUGAUAGAUACUGGUAUAGUAGAGAAGCACUUAUAUAACAAUGAAAUCUUUAAAGAAAAUAGCCUUUUCCUCUAAAAAUAUACGAAUGCUACAGUGAACUUGCCACGAAGGACCCAAAGGUCUACAGGGCUCAUAUUUGCCCAUUAAAUUGUGGCUACCCUGAAAUUGUUGAGAUAGAAAACGACUGAAUCCCUCUGUUCGUCUGCCAGAGAAAAGGCUGCGAGAAAGUUAGCUGUAAAACAUGCCAUGAAGAGAUUAAGACUCCUGACUCCGAACGCCUGAAUGAAGAAGAAUACAACGAAAUAACAAAACAAAUGAACAAGCACUUCACUUGUUACGACAGUAAGAUUUUAAAGGAAGAAUGGGAGGAGAUCUUAAUGAAAGGAUCUUCUCGAUCAUGACCUAAGUGUGGAUAUGGAGGAAUUAAAGAUGAAAACUGUACCCAUAUCAUUUGUGCCAAAUGCUCUACUAUGUGGUGUUAUUUCUGUGGGCUUAGUGAAAAAGACUGAGACAAAGACCCUGAAAUUGCAGCAAGGAGCACUAAAAAGAUUUUUGGACAUAACAAAAAUUGGGAAACCAAUGCUAAAAGAUGUCCUCUAUUUAUUACGAAAAUAGUCAAAAUAGAUUCUAGAUAUAGUUCAAAGGAUGAGAAAUGACAAAAGGUCUUCCAUAAGCUCAUCCUAUAUACUGAAGUGAGAAACUUUAUCAAUAAGCAUGGUAUGAAAGCUUAUAAAGGACUCAUGAAGCAGUUCCCCCCUCUAGCAGAUCACGGAAUUGAUAUUAAAAAGGCGAUGAGUGUAGAUUUGACCAUGAUUAAGAGGAAGUCUUAA